UUUCAAAACAGCGUGAAUCGCAUUCGUCGUGUGGUGUCUAUAUAUGGUUGCUGCCAUGAUGUGGAAUUACAGCAGAGAGCUGUAGAAUACAACGCGCUGUUUAAGAAAUAUGAUCACAUGAGGUGUGCUCUCCUGGAAAAGAUGCCGUUACCAGAAAAGUCUAAUACCUUGGAUGCUGAAAGUAUAAUCACUGAAAACAAAGUUUAUGUUGAGAAUCCUCCAGAAAAUAAACUUAGCCUCCAAUGUACCAGCCAGUCAUGUUACUGAUCUCUUAGGAUUGUUGGAAGACAACACAGACAAUAUGCUAGCACCUGUGAUUGUGGGAACAUCAACUGUAAACCAAAAUGAUUCUAGUGAGGGCAGCUUGUUGGAUCUCCUGGAUGAAAAUCCAACUCCAGCAACUCCACCUUCAAUAGAGGUAUAUAAUAAUGGAAACCUCCAAGUUGAAUUUUCAUUCCUGCGUCCCCCAUCUAGUCCUUCCCUUCUAGUCAUCAACUCGCGUGCCAUCAACAACUCUUCUACCAACAUUACUGACUUCCUGUUACAGGCAGCGGUGCCCAAGAGUGUUCAGCUACAGCUUCAAGCUCCCAGU